AUGGCUGAAACGAACAGUGACUGUGGAGAGAAGGAGAUGAGAACAGACAUAUUUGAAACGCCAAGGAAUCCGGCCCUGCAGAAGAAUGGGACGCAUCUCCUGGGUCUUGUUUUCCAGAUGCAUCAAGCCCGCAGGGAAUGGAUUUGCUGUGUAGCUCUCACGAGGAUAAUAUAUGGGAAUGGGCACUGGAGGCUGGCACAAGCACUGGCAAAUCUUGCUCACAGCUACCUGGUGCUUCCAGGUUUUUCUGCUCAGGCUCUGCAGCAUGCAAACUCAGCCAAAGGGACCUUGUUAAUGGACGGAAGCAGCCCUCCGGCAUCUGCAAAGGAAAAGAGGGAGAUUCUGAGCACUCUUCUGACCAUCUACUAUGCCUUGGGCGUAGCACAUUGGGUGCAGAAAAACAGCAAAGAAUCUUUUUGCAAUUUGCAAAAGGCAGAACGGGUCAUGGAAGAACUGAAGGGGAGCGAGUGGGAAGGGGCCACUGAAUGGAAAAUCUCUGAGAAAGACCUGGCUACUGCAUUGGGCAGGGCGUGUUUGCAGCAGAACAAGCCAGUUUUGGCGAUGAGGCAUUUUAAGAAGGCCAUCACUGCUGUAAUUGCAACUAGAGGAGAGACGGCUCCAGAGCUGAUUGAUCUUUAUCAAGAGAUAGCCCACACUGAACAAGCGAAUAACAAUCACAAACAAUCCAUAGGAUAUCUAUUGCUGGCCCACUGCAUUGCAUUAACUGUGCACACGAAAUUCAGUGCUGAAGCAGCAUCCACAGCAUUACUAUUAGGCAAGGCUUAUGCCGCAACUGGAGAACAAGAGCAUGCAGAGACGGCUGAAAUGUAUUUCAAUGAGAGUCUCGCGGCUUACAAAGCAGCACUGGGGGCAGACCAUCCUCAGACGAUUAAUACCUUGGAGGAAUUCAGUAAAUGGCUUGUGCGUGUAGAGAAGAGAGAGCAAGCCUAUGCUCUACUUCGAGAGUCAUUUGUGUCCCAGACAGAUCUCUGUAGUGACUUCAAUGAAAAAGCAGCUGAAAGAUUUUAUAUUAUGGGUGGGCUCUGCCUAGCAGAGAAGAAGGUGAAGGAAGGUUACCAGUGGCUCAGUAAGUGUGCGGAGAUCCAGGUUGCUGUUUAUGGGCCCCGGCAUAGGAGAUCUAAGGAGAUACAAAAGCUCUUGAAGUUGCUGGAGACGUCUUCUGUUGUAUGUGAAGGAUCCAGACCAGUAACCUGGCAGCAAUAGGAGGCAUCAAGUCAACCGCCUUAUCAAUAAUGCUGGUGGUCUCAGCCCUCACUGAACCAGGCAUCGGAGA